CUCACGUAUAAGUAUGACACUCUCCCCUGCUGACAUCUGUAUCCCUUCCAAGUUAGUAGUACUAUACACUACUACUUUAUUCAAGCAACCAACUCCUUUCUACCCCUAAACCCAACCCCAUACGUGAUCGGAAGCUACUACUACUACUAUAUAACCUCUCUUUGAGUAAUCAUCUCACACUCUCUAAUUUGCUACGCACACACACACACACACACACACACACACACACACAUCAUGAAACACCACAACCACUACCACACCCCCUACUACACCCACCUCAUCCAAACCAACAAAUCCAACUCAGCAGGAGACUGGCACCGCUGGCUCGUGGCAGCAGCGACCCGCGACGACAUGAUAACCUUCUUCAAGGGGCUGAUAAAAUACUCCAAGACCAGCGGGGCGAAGAUCACCGACGUGAAACCGAUCCAUCUGGCAUGGUGGACGUUCGAUUCCCCGAAUGGAUACAAUAUCAGGGAACUGGUGAAGCAGAUUUACCAAUUGAAUCCAUCUUGGUACGGGAAUGUGGAGGAGUUGAAUGAUAGUCGGGGAAAGGUCACGGUUACCUUGUUGGAUGAUGCCGGGGGAAGGAGUUGGCCGGUUUUGCCGUGUCAGGACGUUGAGUUGGGGGAGCAUUUUGAUUGA